GUGGCAAAUGAUGCACAAAAUCCUAUCCAGUGCGGCAGUGCCAAUGAACAAGUGCCAUUAAGCUUGGAAAAAUAAAGCAUUUUGGGUGGUACAAUUAAUUUUUGGUACAAUCCAUUUCCCUCUCUCAAUCUAUCUUCUCUUCUAUUCACCUAUCACUUUUAUUUUACUUAUUUAUGGUAACAAAUCAACUGCAAAUAUUGCUUUCCUUAUCAUUUGAUUACAAUUUUUGAACUUGUUUAACAAUUACAGAGCAAUUAUCUAUUCCAAUCUUACAGAAUCAAAUCACCAGAUUGUUCAACUUUAUUUAUAUAUACCCACAAAUUUUAAUUUAUAUUUUCAAUUUCAAUUUCAAUAUCAAUUCUCAAUUUCUUCAUAGUUUAGCAAACUCAAAAUUCCACUAAAAAUGAUUAGCAGUAGUACUACUCCAAGUCUGGGAAAUUGGAUUCAGACAUGUUCUCCUUACCAUUCUAAUUCCAGAUCUAGAUUUUCCAUUUUUUCUCCUUGGAAGAAUCAAUUUAAUAAUAAUGGCACCAACACUUUAUCAUCAUCUUCUUCUAAUCAAUUUUCAACCCCAUUUUCUCUCUCCUCAAGAAAAACCUCAAAAAUGUCUUCAAUCUCCGCAGUUAUGACAAAACAAGAAACUGCGAUUGACCCACCAGAAAACAAGAUUUCAUCAGCAACCCCUUUUAAUUUCGAGGCAUAUAUGGUGAAGAAGGCGAAAUCGGUUCACAAAGCGUUGGAUAUGGCGGUGACAUUAAAGCACCCAGAAAAAAUUCAUGAGGCCAUGAGGUAUUCCCUCCUUGCAGGAGGUAAAAGGGUUCGCCCUGUUCUUUGCAUCGCCGCCUGCGAACUCGUAGGCGGCGAUGAAUCCACAGCGAUGCCUGCAGCAUGCGCUGUGGAGAUGAUUCAUACAAUGUCCUUGAUUCAUGACGAUCUCCCCUGCAUGGACAACGACGACCUUCGCAGGGGUAAACCCACGAAUCACAAAGUGUUUGGUGAGGAUGUUGCUGUCUUAGCAGGGGACUCGCUCUUGUCUUUUGCGUUCGAACAUAUGGCUACCUCUACCCCGUUGGACAAGGUCCCUGCUCGGCAGGUUGUUCGAGCUGUUGGGGAACUGGCUCGGGUUAUCGGGGCUGAAGGGCUUGUAGCGGGACAAGUGGUUGACAUUGACUCUGAAGGCGCCGUCGAUGUUGGGUUGGAUCAGCUUGAGUUUAUACACAUUCAUAAGACUGCUAAACUCCUCGAGGGGGCGGUUGUUUUAGGUGCCAUUGUUGGAGGUGGUAGUGAUGAGGAUGUGGAGAAAUUGAGGAAGUUUGCGAGGGGAAUUGGGUUGUUGUUUCAGGUUGUUGAUGAUAUAUUGGAUGUAACGAAAUCGUCUGAGGAAUUGGGGAAGACUGCAGGGAAAGAUUUGGUGGCAGAUAAGGUGACAUUUCCUAAGUUGUUGGGAAUUGAGAAAUCUAGGGAGUAUGCUGAGAGGUUGAUCAAAGAGGCUAAAGAACAGCUUGCUGGAUUCGAUCAAGAAAAGGCGAAACCAUUGAUUGCGCUUGCUGAUUAUAUUGCUUACAGGCAAAAUUGAUAGUCAUUGUUGGAGGAGAUUGUACAACAUUAUCAAUUGCUGUAGUUUAUAAUUGCGACAUAGUAGAUUUAAUUAUGAUUGUUAUUGGUUUAGAGAGGGAUACAAUAAUCCUCUUAUUUUUUAGGAUACAUUUGGUAUGGAAUUAGGCCGAUGUAAAAUAAUUUGGAGCUUCCUGAAUGUUUUUAGCAUGCUGUAUUUUUUGGCUAAUAUGACUGGUCUUUUUUACUUCUGUAGUCCUGGUUCCUAGUUUUACCUGUUAGAACUUUACUGCGCUCUUUGAGAGGAUUGUUGUUCUGUUUUCCCAAUUCAGAUAGCUUCGUAAUCGAAUUGAUUUGUGAA